CCCAUUCAACUGUCAAAUUUUCCUUCUGCUUCCUUCCUGAAAGAAAAUAAGAAAAAUGUGUUUCAGUAAAUUAUAAUAUUUGCUUCUAUUUUCUCUCGAUACCGAUUGAGAAACACCAAAUUAUUUUUCCAGGAUUUUACAAAAUGAGCUCAGCGAAUACAGGUGCAGUGUUUUUUCUUGGAAGUCGCGCUCAUUAUCAAGUCCUAACCCCCCCUUCGUCCCACUCGUACGACCUGGAGAACGGGAACACAUCAACGGAGACAAUAUACCAGACUACCUCCACAGAGAACAUUUAUAACAACCCGUCUACCCUGGAGUGGCCUAACACCUUGAACAGGGAGGUGAAACCCGGCGGCAACUUCCUGUACCAUGAGAAGGAGGCCCUGGACAUGCCCAAGAAACAGAGCAAGGAGUUCGACUACAGUGACGGAGUGAAGCGCCGUCUCAAGAAGUACCGCAAGCAGGACGGCUCCAGCGAGAUGAUCCUCAACGACAACGACGAUGCCGACAUCAACCCCGCUGACCUUAACGAGCUGCACUGCGACAAACAACCCCCCAAGCACAAGCGCCGCGUGAACAUCGCCUACUUACUCUCCAUACUGACGCGGCGGCGACGCGACCCCGCGCGCGCGCUCGCGGCGCAGCAGCAGUGCACCAUGAGGGACUCCUGCCGCUGCGACGACUGCCAGAGCCGCUACUUCGAAUGCGACGAAGAAGAAGACUACUCGUACUCGGACAACGAGGACGAGCGACUCAACUACUUCAACUACGACGACGAGCCGUACCAGUACACCUGCCCGCAGUGCCCGCCGCCCUACCAGCAGUACAUACAGGUAGAGACAAUGAAGACUCAACUACUUCAACUACGACGACGAGCCGUACCAGUACACCUGCCCGCAGUGCCCGCCGCCCUACCAGCAGUACAUACAGGUAGAGACAAUGAAGACUCAACUACUUCAACUACGACGACGAGCCGUACCAGUACACCUGCCCGCAGUGCCCGCCGCCCUACCAGCAGUACAUACAGGUAGAGACAAUGAAGACUCAACUACUUCAACUACGACGACGAGCCGUACCAG